GAAACACGGAAUUCAGUGUUGAUCGAGGCAGCGGCAGGGGAGGUGCUGCUGUAUUAACACUGGAGUUUCUUGGCUGAUGUGACUUGUCUUGGGAAAGUUUUGUAGACCUGCUGAGGUGUUUCCUAUUGCUGUUACUUCAAGGCGUGUUCGGAGGAGAAACAUCAAGAUACACGUACAGGAACUUCCUCUGCCGUUUGUUCAGAUCAUCAUCAUCUUCAGUAUCCUGAUCUGCAGCAGGAGCAGCAACAAUAACAAAAAAGCAGCCAGGUCAAGGCCUCCAGAGAUCAAGUGCUCCAUGCGUGGGACAACAGCGGCUGCGGGGAGUGUGUCUUCCAUCGCUCCCCAGAGGUGGAGGUAGCAGGGCAUGGGUGCACAACAUAUUGCCAUGGCCAAGAGUUACUUCUAUGAUGCAAAUCUUCUGGGACUAAUAUUAUUGUUACUUUUCCCAUUCCUUUUAGGUAGCCCAUUGCCAGGCCAGUACUGGAAUGAUCAUGAGAAUGAUAUCUUCUCAGAUCACCCAACUCCUACCACACAGGAGGAGAAGGAAAAGGUGGAAAGGUUUGAUCCUUCCCGUCUUAACUAUACAGCAAUACGUUUAGAGCUGGAGAAAGAGGUGAAGACUUUGAAUAAGCGUGAGGGUCGCUUUUUUGGUGGAGAGUCACGCAUCCCCAGAUUUAUUUCUAAUCUUGGGAAGUUCCUUGAUAUUGAACAAGUGGUGAAUGAAAUUGAAACCUCCAUCAUGUCAAGUGUCUCAUGCAAUGCUUGCAAAGCUGGUGUUGGUCUGUUGCAACAUUAUGUUGAGAAUGGCAAGACUAAAGAGGAGAUCAUCAAAGCAGCAUCUGGAUUUUGUAUAUCCUUCCAAAUUGAGACACCUCGAGUGUGCCUUGGUAUCAUUAAUUUGAUGGCGGAUGAAGUUGUUUAUGUUGUGGAAAAUCUCAUCAUGAGUCCUGAUGAGAUGUGUGGUUUCGUCAUUGGGGACAUUUGUGGCACCCCAUACAACCCUUACCAUCAGUGGAGAGUGGCUUUUCCACCUGUGCCAAAGCCACCUGUUAAUCCCCCAGAGCCCCCACCAGUAGGAAUGCCAACCUUGAAAGUGUUGCAUCUCUCGGAUACACACUUUGAUCCAGAAUAUAUGGAAGGCUCUAAUGCAGACUGCAAUGAGCCACUGUGUUGCCGUGCCACCUCUGGGCCAGUUAAGUCUCCAGAUCGUCGGGCUGGGUUAUGGGGCGACUACCGUAAAUGUGACACCCCUUCAAGGACCAUUCACAGCAUGCUACAAAAUAUUGCUUAUCUCCAUCCAGAUAUCAACUACAUCAUUUGGACUGGAGACCUGCCACCACAUGACAUCUGGAACCAGACAAAAGAGAGCAACUUGAACAUUUUGAGGGCUACAAUUGACCAACUUAUUCUUUACUUUCCCAGUAUCCCAAUAUUUCCAGCUCUUGGUAACCAUGAGUCAGCUCCAGUGAAUAGCUUUCCUCCGCCAUUUGUUGCGGCUGACCAUGGAGUAGGGUGGCUCUAUGAAGAGUUGGAGUACCAAUGGCUGCGCUGGUUGCCUCAGGAGUCCUCACCAACCAUCAGGAAAGGUGCCUUCUACUCAGUGCUGGUGCGUCCAGGCUUCAGAAUCAUCUCCCUCAACAUGAAUUACUGCAACAAUAAGAACUGGUGGCUACUUCUGAAUUCAACUGAUCCAGCCCAAGAACUGCAGUGGCUGAUUUAUGAAUUACAAAGUGCAGAGGACAGGGGUGAAAAGGUCCACCUAUUGGGCCACAUCCCCCCAGGCCACCAAGACUGUUUGAAGGUGUGGAGUCAUAACUACUACACCAUAGUUAACAGGUAUGAGGCAACCAUUACAGCCCAGUUCUUCGGCCAUACACACUUUGAUGAAUUUGAGCUGUUCUACGAUGAACGUAAUCGCCAUCGUGUAACAAACAUCGCAUACAUUGGACCUUCUGUAACAUCAUAUUACAAGCUCAAUCCAGGUUAUCGGAUCUAUACUGUUGAAGGAGAUUAUGCUAACUCCCGCAGGCUGGUGGUUGACCAUGAGACAUGGGUGAUGAACCUGGAUGAAGCCAACAGAAUUGGACAUCCUCGUUGGUACCAACUGUAUUCAGCCCUGAGAGCCUAUAAAAUGAGGAACCUUUUGCCAGAAGAGUGGAAUCGCCUGGUUUACAAAAUGGCCAUUGAUGAUGACCUAUUUGAAAAAUACAGAAGGUUUUACUGGAAGAACUCAGUAGCAAAAGAAGACUGUGACUCAGAGUGUAAGAAGCGAAUGUUAUGUGACCUUAAAUCUGGACGCUCCAAUGACCGAAAACGCACUUGUGCAAAGAUCACCGAGCAGGUUGAAAUCCAGGAACGAAGUGAUUGGACUGGCUGGAUCUACUCAGGCCUCACUGUCACGUCACUGGCCACCUGGUGGUACUGGGGAUGAGCAGUGAAAACAGGAUGCGGCGUCAGUUUCUUCAUAUCACCAAUAUUAAGUGAAGUUUAACCCGGUAGCUGCGGGGAUCAUGUUUCUUAAAGGCCCCUCUGAACGAGAAAAAUUAGAAAAAAUCAUCACUCGUGCAAACCAUUUCAUAAUAUAUAUCAACGCAUUUGUGAUCAGUUUAUGCAUCAUCUAUUUUGGGGGGUUUAUAUCUUUGCCAGAAUUUGGCCCGUCGCUGGUACACCAUAAAGCCACAAAUUUGGCCCGUCGCUGCUACCGGGUUAAGGGCUUUGAACCAGUUCUCAAUAUCCUAGAGUUAUUGAAACUAUUUUUAGCUUUAGCGAUUUACAAUUCUGUUAUCUUGAAAGUAAAUUGCUAUGAAACUUUGUAACAAAUAAUUAAUUCUAAUGAUUAAGUGAAGAUUAAAAAUGUGUUUUCUGCUGAAAAGGUGCAUUUCACUUAAGUCACCUGUGAUAUGCUAGCAAAAUAUAAUCCUUAAUUAAUGGGUAUUUUAAUUAUAAUAUGAGCACAUUAAAAGUACAUCCCCACUUUAUAACAUGCAAGUUGAUUAGAUGCAAACUCGUGUAAUAACAUAGUAAUUCCAACUUUCUCUAUAAAGGUAAAGGUAUUGACUCAAUAUUUACCUUUUAACAUUACUCCCACAGUUCAUAAUGGCAUAAUCAACACCAGAUUUAUCUUACUCUUGGCCAAUAAGAUGAGGAUAACUAUCUAGCUACCCAAUGAUGUUUGAUUCUUCUGCCAUUUGUAAUGUUCCUAACAACUCCAUAAUUUCUUGGUGGCAUUACAAAGACUGGACAUAAUUUUUUUUCAUAUUUACCAUUAUAUUUCAUGUUAAUGGGCACAUAAAAGUUUCAUAUGUCCAGAUCAUACCAAGCGAUUUUAUUCAGCUAUCUGGGCAAAUAUAUUCCAACUGCAGUUUCUCAUUUUAUGAUGUAUGCAAUGGUACUGCAUGGUUGCCAAAUGCAAAUUGAUAAUUAAAAGUAGAAUCCACAUUUUUUUUGUAAAAACCAAGACAAACAAGAUUUUUAGAUAACUCUAAGACUAUACAUCAGGUAUAGUAUGUGCUGCACCCAAACACUGAUCAGUAUAAUUCCUGCCUUCUAUGUGGCAAGUGUUGUGACCUGUGUCAGGCACUCACAACUGCCUGAACUCUGAAGAUGAUUCUGUUUGAUGUUUACCUAUUAAUCCCUGUGCCUCACUGCCCCUUGAUAGAAAAUCACUUUGUAAAUAGGGUCCAAUGCUGCUGGAAACUGCAAGGCUGCAAGAAACCUGACUUGUAGGUAAUAAGGAGGAAAGCUAUCCUUGGUGCUGUAAAAAAAAAAAAAUUUAGUUGUCCAAAGUCUUGACUAAGUUGCUCCAAAUCUAUAACAUAUUAAUCACAUUAUUAUAAUCAGCUGUAAUCUUAAAAUAUUUAGCAAUACAAGGGUUGUCUAGAGCUUUUCCAAACCUGCUUCAAAAUCAUAUUUAUGAACUCCCAUGGUAACAGUGACACCUAAAAUUGCUUGAUAUAUCCAAAGUAUUUGAAGAAACAAUUUAGGCAUAUUUCCAUCCUUACCGAGAGAAAGGUUGCUUUUAGUGGGCAUUACAUUGAUCUCAUGGACACUGAAUCAGAGUGUAUUCUUAGGAUAGUGAGCACCUUCUUAUACCUAUGGUCUUGUGUGCUCACAAGUAUUAAUACAGUGGCAUUCACAAUGGAGAAAAUGCUUUAGCUGAUCAUGAAUGUAAGUGCUGCCUUAUAUUGUUGUUGUUCAAAGAUUGCUCCCUCCCUAUAGGGGGGAGCAUGUGCCUUUGCCAGUGGCGGCCUGUAGCAGGGUGCCGACAGACCGACUAUCGGCUGACGUCAGCCGAGUCGACCAAGUCGGUCUGCCGACAAGGACUGGUGUGUGUCUGCUGCCUUAUAUAGAUUACUGAAGCGUUUGCAAGCUUAACACUGAAGUAAAUUUCAGGCAAGUGUUGUGAAAUGCAUCUUUUAUUCCUAUGUUCUCAUUACUUAGGGUGCUCUGAUAUAAUAUUUACAUAUAAUAAGAGGGGAAUGUUUAUACAGAUUCUUUAUACAUAUCUAUAUUAGAACUGUGAAUUAAUGAAUUACAUGUUGAACUCAUGCUUUCUUGUGAACAGUUGAUAGUUUAUUUACUAGUUUAAAACUUAAAUAGCAUCAUAGAAUUCUUGUACAGAAAAUUGUCAGUAGUAAUCAUAUAUGAAAAUGUAGUAGUAUAUAGCUUAGAAUCACACAAUGUGAUUGAGGCACAUUUUAAUAGGAGUAGAUUCAUAGUAUGUAUAUUAAGGCACAUUGUGAUAGGAGUAGAUUCACAGUAUGUAUAUUAAUAUGUAUGUUAUAUUAUUAGUCGAAGGGUACCAUUCUUACUGGCAACUUCACUGGAAGCCUGGCACUUAGGCAUGUCAAAGGUCUACAUGAAUUACAUAGUUUGCAAUAUAGACAUCAAACAAGUUUUUGAAGAUCAUUUCUAGGUCUCAUUCCUUUAUAAAAUCUAAAUUCUAAUAAUAAAGUUAAUUCUAACUAUCGUGAUUGCAUGUGAUAAAUGAAAUUUGAUAUAGCCUCUUCUGUAAAUUAAGAUUACAUGGCCAAAUUUAACUUUUUUACUGCUCCUAAUGAUCUUUGAUUAGAAGAGAAAUCCCUAAAAGUGUAUUGCCAAAUUCAAAGCCAGUGAUGCACUGGUUCUAUCAGUCAUGCAUGACAUCUAAAUAUGAGUUUAUUGCUCACUUAUGAAAAAUAUUCACAAGAGGAAAAUGUGUUGGAAGACAUUGCUGCUUACUGUGUAAUACAUGUUUGUCUAACAUUGCAUUCUAUUCAAAAUUAGGGAAAACAAACUAUGCAAAUUUCCAUAAAUAUUCUAAAAAACAAUUCAUGUAUUUAUUACCAGAAGAAACCAAAUUUGGAAACAUUCAAAUUAUUUAGUUAAGUAGUGGAUAAGGAGUCAAAUUCUAGAAGGAAAAAAAAACUAACAUGUACUUCAGGGCCUAUUUAUCUAAUUAAAUAAUUAUUUCUAAAGGACACCA